GAGCACUGACACAAACCAUCACCACAGACAACUCAGAUCGUUUCUAAUCAUUCCAUCUCAAAGACAGGAGUUCGUCUCCUUGUUAGGCAAAGACCGGUAGCAAAAUGAUCAGCUCCAAGAAGCUAGCUCAGUUGUCCAAGAAGAUGCAGGGAAUGGGUGCAGUUGGGCGAAGAAGGGUCACAGUAGUGAGAAAGGAAAUCAACCCAUCUUGCAGCAGCAUAGUUGCAGGGAAGGGCAACUGCAUCGUCUACUCUUCUGAUGGGAAGCGGUUUGAGAUCCCCCUUUCUUACCUCCACACGGCAGUGUUUGUAGAGCUCCUGAAGCUGUCGCAGGAAGAGUUUGGGUUCACAAGUGAUGGGAGGAUCACACUGCCUUGCGAUAAAGCAGUGAUGGAGUAUGUGAUGUGUUUGCUAAGGAGAGAAGCCUCUGAGGAUGUUGAGAAGGCGCUCCUCAGUUCCAUAGUGAUGUCUUGCCACCACACAAACAGGAUGGUGCAACCACCAAGUGGAGUGAACCACCACUUCGCUGUGUGCAGCUCCUGAAGAUGAAGAUAUCCAUGGCUUGGAGCUUGUUUCAGCACUUCCCUGUGUGCAGCUCCUGAAGAUGAAGAUAUCCAUGUCCUGGAGCUUGUUUCCCUUCUUUUUUUCGCUUCCAUCUUUUUUCCCAGAAGUACCUUGGAGCACGGUUUUUGUGCGAUGUUUUUCCAAUGGUACACUGAGGAUGUACAGAUGGAUGCGUGAUUAGAAAAGAAGGAAUCAAGAUUGCCACUGAGACAAUAAAGUAGUGUUGAUUUAGAACCUACCGAAGAAGAUACCAUGAUGUUUGCACUGUAAAACCAGAGCUGCCAAAUGGUCUAGUACUGUAGCGAAUAGCAUCUUUCCUUUUUCCUUA